AUGGUGACGGUGGCAGAUGUACCGGCGACCCUUGUGUUAACAGGAUUGUGUGUCGCUCUUCUCAUCACAGGAUCAUCUGGGACCUUCUGUACCACCAGUGUGGCUUCCCUGGAUUUAGGAUGCCUCCUGCGGUGGGAUUGUCCUCAGGCCAACGCUAACACCACCACCUACACCGUCCAAACUAAGACUCAGGGAGAUCCGUGGCAGGACGUGGAGGGGUGUGUGCGGAUCUCCGCCCAGCACUGUGACGUGUCCCAGGCCUUCUCUGACUUUGAACUCUACAACAUGAUCCGCCUGGGCCUCCACCAGGGCCCUGGGAGCCCAGUCUGGACAAAACCACGCAAGUUUGACCCAAGUGAUUUCAGUCAGUAACCUACCUCUCUGCUCUUAAGACCAAUCACAUAUCUAAAAUGCUGGUUUGUUGUUCAAAUCAAAUGUCACGUAGAGAGCAUUUAUACAUCUCAUUACACUGCAGAAUUCAAAUGGAUGUGGCUAAAGCUGCUGACAUGAGUAGGUUGGUGUGAUUGAAAUGACAAAGUGCCUUCCUCCCUUCCCUUCUCCUCCUCUCCUCAGCCUUCAACAGCCCCUCCAUCUCUGUGUCUCUGUCUAGAGAGAGGCUGGUAGUGGAGGUGCACUUCCCCUGUUCUACCAACAGAGGGUGCUUUCCUCUGCAGAGCUGCUGUCCACUGUCAGAACUGAUUGACCCCUGGGUCACAGUGACCGUAUAUAACCAACAGAACCACUCUGAC